AUGGAACCAGGAACUGGGAAUAAUCUGUGCCACCUCCUCAGCUCGCAUGAGAAGUCGCAUGACCGCCUAGAUAGUAUCCAGAGGUGGAAGGAGCUGGAUAUCAGGCUGGUGUUGAAGGAAGCUAUCGAUGCCCAAGCCCAACGGGCUAUUGACAGAGAGACUCUCCAUUGGCAGUAUGUGCUGCAGAGGCUCAUAGCCCUGAUAUGUGACCAUGGACAGCUACCGAGAGAAAACAUCGCUGACUGCAAUGCAGCAUCACAGCAGAGGGAAGAGAUCACUCUAGGCGGGCCACGAAUUGAAGAAAUGCUGAAAUCCCUCUCUUUGCUCUCCUUCAAAUUAUCCGGUGCAGUACAAACUCUCUCUGAGCAUCUACUUAAGUACAAUCAGCCUAUCACCUGGCUCAUACUAGGAGAGGACCCACCCCUUAUGAAGGUGGUUUUGAUGGGUCUCCUGUCCAACUGUAAGACUGCUUCCCUCCUGCAAUACUUCAUUAAUGUCACUUCAUACAUUCAAUUUCUGAGCCAUGAACUAGAUCAGCUUAACUGCAUUCUUCAUAUGGUGAAGAGCCUGGUUCAGAACCUUUACCUGUACCUCGGCUCGUACUUACGCAUCCUGGUGUCCAGCGUCGUGUUCUGCAUCCUGGAGCCGCUGGUCGCCUCCAACUCCCUCAACGACCACUGGACCCUUAGGGAGUACGCAGCUCUGUGGGUCACCCACAUGUUCUGGACCCAUGGAGACCUGGUUAGUGGUCUGUUGUCUCUGCAGAAGGUUCUGUCAGACGCGGUCCGCCCGCUGUUCUCACUAUGGAGUUGUAGGGGGCUACAUGCACUUAGAGGAAAUGCUAUUGAGCGAGUCAUGUACCCUUACCUGCAAGCUGUCCUGGAUAACUACUCUGUCUCCAAUGCCCAGGUGAAAGCAGACAGACACAUCUAUGGAGCAAUCCUGGUGGCAGUGGAGCACCUGCUAAAGAUUAGAGCCCUGUCUCUGUCCCUGCCAGCAGAGGGGGACGGCAGCACCCAGCCACGCUUCGCGAGUGUGAUUUCCGCCACUAAGCCUCUCUCCGAGGCCACCCUGGGCAUCGUCAGUCCCCUGCAGGGACCUGGGGGAGCUGGAACCCCCUGGAAUGACUGGAACAUCCCCCUGCCCGCCAUGUACUGUGAGCAGGUGGUUAAGAGUGUUGGGCUAGUAACCAAAAGGUUGUUGGUUCGAAUCACAGAGCCGACGAGGUAAAAUUUUCUGUCUGUGCCUUUGAGCAAGACACUCAAGUCUAAUUGCACCUGUAAAGCACAGCUGUCGCUAUUUGAUAUUUGAUAUUAUUUAUAAAUAUUUGAUUUAGUUGCAUAUAUUAUUAAGUUGCAUACAAUAACUGUACAAUUUACAAUGCACUUCUCUGUGCAAACAGGUAAUUACUUUCUAUCAACUUACACAUUGUCCUUGGGAUUGGUGGACAGUCAAACUGAAAGGAAGCAACUUCUAUUGCUUAGGGAUGGAUCGACAUUUACAUAAUGAGUACCUGAUGGAAAAUGUGGGAGGUUCAUGCUUUUAAUAUUUCAGUCAAGGGGUUUCAUUUAAAAAAAAUCUAGUCCAGGGGAGGGUCAUGUCAUUUAUGAAAUGUCAAUAUUUUUCAGUUGCUUAUUAGGCUAUAUAUACACAUCUGCAUUGCUUGCUGUUAGGGGUUUUGGUCUGGGUUUCUGAACAGCACUUUGUGACAUCUGCUGAUGUAAAAAAGGCUUUAUAAAUACAUUUGAUUGUGUUGGAGUUUAUUUCUUCCUUUUUAAGAAAUAACAGGUAGCCUGCUAUAUCCAUAGAUUUGUCAGUCAAUUCCUCCACCCACAAUUCACUCUUUAAAAAGCCUAUCUCCGUGUCAGUGAAGUGACGGGCUUUCCGAGUCUUUUAGGUGAGCCUACUCAUUUAGCUCCACACCGCUCUUCGUUCAAAAUGCUUAAAAGUGACAAGCCCUGAUCUGUUUCAUCUGUCUUUGUGCUUGUCUCCACCCCCCUCCAAGUGUCGCCCCAUUUUCCCCAUUAUCCCCUGUGUAUUUAUACCUGUGUUCUCUGUUUGUCUGUUGCCAGUUCGUUUUGUUCGUAGAAACGAGCAGCGUUGAUUCACUGUUCCUUGCGCCUGUUUUCUAGUUUCCCGGUUCUGACCGUUCUGCCUGACCUGACACUGAGCCUGCCUGCUGUCCUAUACCUUCCACCCUCUCUGGAUUACUGACCCCUGCCUGACCUGACACUGAGCCUGCCUGCUGUCCUGUACCUUCCACCCUCUGGAUUACUGACCUCUGCCUGACCUGACACUGAGCCCGCCUGCUGUCCUGUACCUUCCACCCUCUCUGGAUUAUUGACCCCUGCCUGCCUUGACCUGUCGUUUGCCUGCCUCGUCUUGACGUUUGCCUGCCCCUGUUUAAGGAAUACACUUUUGUUUCUUCAACACUGUCUACACAUGUGUCAAACCUUAAAACUUGAAAAAAAAAGUCUACCUAGAAUCCUAGAUAUAGCAAAUGUAAAGCCCAAAAGGUAGGCUACUGUUAUGUCAGAUCGUGAAAUGUGUUUUCAAAUACAUUUUGACCUGUCUUUAUUUUAAUUUUAUUUUUUUAAAUACUACCUUUUUUUUAACACACUGAAAAAAUUUGCGUGGACCAGAUUGACCAUUCUCCCCACUAUUUUUUGUUUCUUCAGUUAAGAUUCACAAUUAUUUUGUAUCUGCAGAAAAAUGUUGUUUUGAGCUCAACAAGCAGUAGCAUCAGUAUACAAAUCAGGGAGCCAAGUGAACAGCUCUUGUCUUCGAUGCGUUCACCAAAAAGAUCCGCUCAAAAAGAGCCGUAACGAUUGAUCACUAUGGCAGUGAAGCGCUGUUGAAUGAAAACCACAACUUGAAUUCAGGAAGUAGGAGAGGGUAUGCCAUAGGCCUACUUUUUAUUAAAGAAAAUGGCAAAAAGCACAGGCCAACCUCUUGUUAGCUUAAGAUUUUGAAGAAAAUAAAAUGGAUUCGAUUAUAUAUAACGAUCUAUAACAGCAACAUGUAGUGUUGGUCCCAUGUUUCAUGAGCUGAAACAAAAGACGAUGUGUUUACAUCCCUGUUAGUGACUUUUUCUCCUUUGCCAAGCAUAUCAACAAGCUAAUUAUGCAGCUUGCACACAGGUGCACCUUGUGCUGGGGACAGUAAAAGGCUAAUCUAAAA